GGAUGGUGGCUCCUGCCGUACUCGUGUUGUACGGUCAACCAUUCCAGGCGGAACCGGAAGUGCAGCCUGCGCUCGGCUAGGCUGGAAAAGCGGUGCUGAGCGGUUCGCGCGAGUCCGGCAGCUGUGCUGGGAAUAGAUCUUCAGAGAUGCACAGGAUGAUUUGAAGCACCAUGCUGAUUGCUGCCUAUGUCGCUUUUGCUUUGCUCCUACUAAUAUGUUUGGGCUUGGAGUUCUCCGCCUGUCGCUCCAGGCUCACCAGCAGGUCUUACUCCAACCCAGCCUUCUUGCAGUUCCAGCUAGAUUAUUAUCAAGUCUAUUUCUUGGCUCUCACAGCCGAUUGGUUGCAAGGACCUUAUCUUUACAAACUCUACCAGCAUUAUAACUUCUUGGAGGCCCAGAUCACCAUUAUUUAUGUUUGUGGCUUUGCCUCAAGUGUGUUGUUUGGGCUGGUUUCCAAUUCCUUGGUUGACCGCUUGGGCCGAAAAAAGUCUUGCAUCCUCUUCUCCUUGACUUACUCUGUCUGCUGCCUCACAAAGCUCUCCUGGGAUUAUUUUGUUCUAAUUGUAGGAAGAAUAUUAGGAGGGCUGUCCACUGCUCUCCUGUUCUCUGCCUUUGAGGCAUGGUAUGUGCAUGAGCAUGUGGAGCGCCACGAUUUCCCAGCUGAGUGGAUUCCUGCCACCUUCACAAAGGCUGCCUUCUGGAAUAGCAUAAUUGCUAUUGGAGCUGGUGUAGUAGCCAAUAUCUUUGCUGAAUGGCUGGGAUUUGGCCCAGUAGCUCCCUUUAUGGUCUCUAUUCCCUUUCUUGUGCUGGCUGGUACUUUGGUUAUGAAGAACUGGGAUGAGAAUUAUGGAAAGAAGAGGGCACUGUCCAGAACUUACACUGAUGGCUUGAAAUGCCUUCUCUCCGACCGCCGUGUCCUGCUUUUGGGGACUAUUCAGGCCUUAUUUGAAAGUGUCAUCUAUAUCUUCAUCUUCCUCUGGACUCCUGUCCUGGAUCCCUACAACCCACCUCUGGGUAUUGUCUUCUCCAGUUUCAUGGCUGCCAGCAUGGUUGGAUCCUCACUGUACCGUGUGGCCACAUCCAAGAAAUAUCACCUCCAGCCCAUGCACAUCCUGUCUCUUUCAGUCCUAAUGGUGUUUUUUUCACUCUUCAUGCUGACUUUCUCAACCAAUCCUGGGCAAGAGAACCCAUCGGAGUCCUUCUUGGCCUUCCUGCUUAUUGAGCUCUCGUGUGGGCUCUACUUCCCUUCCAUGGGUUUUCUCAGGCAAAAAGUGAUUCCUGAGAAGGAUCAGGCAGGUGUGAUGCAUUGGUUCCGUGUUCCAUUGAACCUACUGGCUUGCCUUGGGCUACUCAUCCUCCAUGAUAGUGAUUAUAAGACGGGUACUAGGAAUAUGUUCACUAUCUGCUCUGUUAUGAUGGUAAUGGCCCUCUUGGCUGUUGUAAGCCUCUUUACUGUUGUCCGAAACAAUGCAGAGCUCAGGCUGCCCAGUUCGUCUAGUCAGGCUGAGAUAUCUUCUCCUGAGCUCUGAUCGAUAGUAUGCCAAUUGUCCAUAAAGUGUUACAGAGCCAGUACUAUAUAUAUAUAUACAAGGAGUCUGCAAGGAAACCACUGAGCAUCUGCCAAGUCCAAUCUGGACCUCUUCCACAUAACCAGAGGAGUAAAGCGGAUGCACAACUAAUUUUCUUCUUUUCAACAAUGAUGGGCCACAUUAGGAACUUGGUUACAUCUAUGUCAAGCAUAGCUUUUCCCCCUUCUCCUCCCCACCCCCCAACCUUGGAGUUUUGAAUUCCAGUGGCUGCUUGGUUUCUGCUAGCCAAAUGUGGAGGCUGCAGACUACUACUUCAUCCUGAAUUGAUGGUGACUGACAACGGCUUACAAGGACAAAGCAGGGUUUCUUUUUUUUUCUUUUAAAAAAGGCAACAGUGAGGUUGAUAGACUGAUUGUCCAAUGUCAGUAUUGAACUUGGUAGCCGGAUCAGCUGUAUUCUAUAAUCAGCAGUAUCAUCCACAUUCUAUGAUCUUCUGCUUUUUUAAAAAAGUAAUAAACUGAAAUUAAACAUCAAGCUUAUAUCGAGUCAAUUUUAAUUUUGACAGUACAUAGCCAGAAUUGGUGAAAUAUUUCAAAAUGAAGGUGGAAUAUUUUGAAAUUCCAAAUUUAGACAUCACAAGGUUUUUAUUGUGUUUAUAUUGGUUUCACAAUUUCCAGUAUUGCAGUGAUAAAGCAUUGGUCUUCCAAUUUCCAUUUUCCUCAUUGUUUUAGCUUCUGUUUCAGUUUAUGGUGAAAAGUGUGUAAAUUAAGCAUCUGUUCAAUAUUUUAAUCAUAUUUGUGAACAAAAUUUUAAAAAAAUACUGAAACUCAAAAAGGAAGAGUAAGUCUUAAGAUUUUAUUUUAUAGCGCAUCUUGUUUUGUUUCAUUGUCUAGCCCAGCACUCAGCAACCAAAACAUUUGCUCCUGUUGAUCUUAGCAUGAUCCAUGGCAAAAGUAUAUGGCAACUGUAGUCAUAUCUGGAGAACUUAUCCAGAAUUCAUUUCACCAAUAGCCAUGAAACCCUGCACUUUACAAUAUUUAGAUUCCUGCGCUGGAGCAUCUAGCUUGUAGAUUUGUAUCAUUUAGCCAAUAAGUGCCUUUGAAUAAUAAUUAUUUUUACCAAAAACUACAGGCAAGCAAUAGCUACUACUUGAGAGAAAGCAUUGCCCCUUCUCUGCAUUCAUAAAGUCUCUCUUGACAGCUGCAUGCUGCAUCUACAUGGGAAGUAAAUGUAUUUGCUUUUCUAAUGCUAAUGUGAAAGCGGCUUUAUUUAACGCUCUGUACAGUAUAUUUUAAUGGUUAACACCUGAGCCAGUUAGUACAGUAAUUAGCAUUCUUUUUUUUUUCUAAACUGCUAUGAAAGUGGGUAUAGUUUUGCCUAAGGUGAUAGACCUUGAUUUUCUGCUUUGGUUUUUGCCCUGCCCAGAAUUAAAAGUAUAUUCAAGUGGCAAACAAAAGGUAAAAGUGUUUCAUUGUGUUUUUGUCUACUUUUUUUUAGAUCUCAGCUUUUCUCUCUUUUUUUCUUUUCUACAUGUUGCCUCUCUUUUCUCCCAGUUCUUUUUAAAAACUUUAUUUCAGGAGACAACUUUUAAACCAAUUGUUCCUUUUAUAGCCAGGUGAGGAGUGGUACAUUUCCCAGUGAUUUCCUGUAAUUUUUAACAGUUCGGUGUUUCCUCAGUUUUUGACAAGUUCUAAGGAUGUAAAAAUGUUACCACUUUUAAUAUAUAUUUGUCACACAUUCAAAAUUUAUUUACCAUUCAAGACCAAACAAUAAAAGUCCAGUAUAGGUAGUCUUCAGAUUAUAAUGACAAUUGGUCUGGAAUUUCUAUUGCUAAGAAAUGCUAUUGUAUCAAAAAAAGAAUAUUUGUAGAUCAGGGUUGAAUGGUUGCAUGCUCUGAGCUUGGUGUGAGACAUUACCAAACUAGGUAACAUCAGUGCUAGCAUUGAAGUUGAGGCCUUUCUGUGCUCUGCGGUAGAUAGUAGACAGCUAGACAUGUUGAUCAGCUGUUUAUGCUAGCACUGAUGACUAAUUACCUAAUUUGUUAAUGGAACAUCUGCAAGAAAACCACCAAGCUCAAAGAACAUUAAGGAUCCGAAAAUGCUGUUGUAAAGCAUGACAUCGUGUGACCACAUUGCUUAGUAACAGCAAUUCUGACAGCCCUAGUUGCUAUUGUAACCUCAAGGACUGUGCAAGUCAUUAUAUACCAUAGGAACAGGUGGGAGUGUGGGAUGGUGCUGGGGGCAUGUGCUGCAGAAUGCCAUGGGGUAUUGUGGGAAGGCACUAUGGAAUGCAGGUGGGCCAGCAGGUGCCACAAGCAAGUGCUAUGGAACAUAGGCGAGUAGGAUGUGUUAUAGAGUAUUGUAUAAGAUCCCUGGUAUCUUGUAUUCUUAACAGGGUUCCUCCUGCUGCUUCCCAAUUGCAAAAUUAUUUUUUGAACCUCUGGAAGUGAAACCUGAGUCCAUUCAGGAAGAAGUUCAUCAAAUAGCUGUUAGGAACUUAAAGGUUUUCAGUUGGUGUGAAAAUUAUAGAAAUAUCCAGAAAUAUCCAAGCCAAAACUUAAGAGGAAUUAUUGUUGCUACUAGCAUUUCUUUUGGGUGAAAGUAGAGACAAAAAAACAAUUGUCUUUAUUUACUAUUGCUUGUUGGAUUCUGGUCCAAUUCUCAAGAGUGUAACUAUCCUUUUAAAAGUUUAUUUCUUAUAGUCCUUUUUUACAGGGUAAAAGUUUUCAUAUGAGGUAGAGUCAUUAUGGAUACAGGAAUUCCUGUAAGCAAGAAUUGCCUGUGCUUGGACCCUUUUACAUCUCAAACCAGGCUUUGGGGCAGGGGUUAGUUCAGCGUAAUGAGGGCUGUGUGAACUUUUGAGUAAUGAUUUCUGAUGAAAAAGGGCAUCAUUGGUUAUACUUACUGAUUUCCUCAAAUCAACAAAGAGAAUAAAAAUAAAAUGAGAUGAGAUCAUAUCCAAUCUGUUCAUCCAGACAGGUCUAAGGAACCUGUCAGUAGAGAUAAACUUGGCCCAGUUGAAUCAAAAACAGUUGAACCCACAGUUGGGUAGGCAGUCACCCUCUGAUGGAAGAUCACACUAAAGUCUUUGCAAUGGAAGGCAAAGGUACUAGUAACUAGCAUGUAGUCCAAAGUUGAUACCCUUCUAGGAUCCCUAAUAAUGAGUUCCCCCUCUGGAUCUUCAUGGAAUAGAUUCAUUAAGAAUUCAUUAAGAAUCUUUAAGUCAAAUUUUGUUGCCAAUAAGAAAAGCUUCCAAAUCUGUGUUAUUGUUGGAAUCCUUAGAUUUCUGGGAAGUCUCAAUUGAGGAAAGUCAUGGGACACUGUAAUGCAGGAGAAAAGCCUUAUCAUUACUUCUCAAUCUGGCAUUGAAAUUACCAGUGAUUAUUACUGUACAAUGCGUAAAAUGAGAGGUUAAAUUCAAGAGCCAAGAUCCAAAACUGUCAUAUCCACUAUUGAUUUGAGAAAUAUGGGGAGCUAGGAAACACUUCUAGAAACAAAUUGGGUAGGCUAAUUUUCAGGGGAAUAGCUAUAGCAAAUUGUUUACAAUAUUGUAAAAUAAAGUGUAAGCAUGGAGCAUAUCAGAAAUAGGUACAUAUGCUGAUUCUUCUUAAUGGACAGUCACUCUUCUGGUUAAGUCUAGGCAAGAGGGGAAUAAGAGGUGGUACUGUUUAAAAUAUAAAAGAUCUGUAUUCCAAGUCUGUAUCUUUUGUAAAAAUAACACUUCAGAUUUU